GUGAGCUUUCAACAAUAUUGCUGUAUAAGUAAACAACGAUAUAGCCGUAAAGAACCUGAAUAACUAAUUACCCCUAAGGAAAUGUGCGUGGAACACGCUAAGCGCAUUAUGACGCAUUUUCCAUUUUUCCGCCGUGAACGUCCAUUUAGGUCAUACUGAAGCAACGAACAGAAUGCUCUUACAUGGCGUGGACCCACUUCAAACAGAAAUUUUUGAUGUAUGUGGUUUGUCAUAGGGUCAGGAGGUUGAGUACAAUUUCACCUAAUAUCAUAUGGAGAAAAUAUGGAGCGGUCUUGCCAAUAUCACGUAUUUUUUCCCCGCAAGAAACGGUGUAAAGUUAUCGGAAAAAUAAAUUUGAUCGCGCAAUAGAAUGUUACAGGU